AUUACUGAACAUUUUGGGAUGCUCAGCGCGAACCCAGUGGCAUCUAUUCUUUCUGUCAGCAAAUCUAAUGACAGAACUUUGAUUUUCACGGAGCUCCGCGGUUAGAGUUUCCGGAUACUUUGCAAAAAGCAUAAAUUUCAGGAUUCUAAGGUAAUACCUCCAUACCCCAUACUUCGAUGGACGAGUCUAUUCGCACCUCUGCAACUAGCCGUCUCUUGCAUACGAACGUUGCCCUUUCCGCUCAAGAACGAUGUAUAAUCACAGAUUUACUAGAGAUGAAGGCUCAGCAUCUGCAGAAACUCGAAGAAAAGGCUCGCAUUCUAAACAGUGAACUCGUUCAAGCUCGAUCGGAUCUCUUGGAACACAGAGCUCUGCUUUCGGGUGCUCGAAAGCUGCCCAUGGAGAUCAUCUCAGAGAUAUUCUUACAAUGCUUACCUGAAGUGGAUAUUUUGUCUUUCAUGCGUCCGGAGCCCCAUCCUGAUCAAGCACCCUUGCUACUGACUCAGGUAUGUCGGAGCUGGCGCAGUAUCGCUAUCGCUACUCCACGCUUAUGGUCAACAUUGAUUAUAAAUGCGUCGAACGGAAGCUCAUCUCACUGCGAAAUCACCAAACUCUGGCUCGAUAGGUCGAGAAACGUACCUCUGACGUUUACGCUGCUUGUUCGGUCUACGGAUCGAUUUCAUGGAAGGCGCGCGACCUCGUAUGAGGAGUUUGUCCCGCUCGCUGCUACCAAAGUUCUCACCAUGUUUAUCCCUCAUCUUCCCCGCAUGCGAGCCCUUGCCCUUCUCUUUGCACUGCCAGUCAUCCGUGCUGUGCCAGCCUUGCGACCGGUAGGGGAUAACGUUUGUGGUCAGUUGGAGAGAUUACAUCUUAUCACUUCCUUCGAAAACACUGCUCAGGAGAUUAUAUGGACUAGAUCCUUGGUCCACUCCGCCCCAAAUCUACGUCAUCUUUAUUUUGAUUCGUCCAUGGUACCUCUCCCCAUAGUUCGAGGUCAAGAAUGGUGCCUUUGCCUGCGCACCAUUAACCUCGAUGCAGCGUACGGGAUCCCUCCGGAGGAUUUUUUUCUCCUACUACGAAAUUCUCCCGAACUUGUUCGAUGUGUGAUUGUCAUGAACCUAGACGAGUCACUGAAUCAUCUUACCCGUUGGGAGGAGAUGCCAAAGGUCGUACACUCCGCAUUAGAGGAGCUCUCCUUGAGCUGCGAAGAUAUUUUCCUUGGGAACGUUCUUGAUCUCCUCACGCUACCUGCUCUCGUGUCAUUGAAACUCAGCACUGUGGGAGAUGAAGCUUGGCCACAUACCGAGCUGAUGCACUUUUUGUCUAGGUCCUUAUGCAUCUUGAAGGAGCUCAAGCUAGACUCGGAAAUGAUGACAGAUGAUCAGUUAUUAAUCUAUCUGGGAGUAGUGAACCGAAGCUUGAGAGCUCUGUAUCUCCCGACUUGGAAAUCGACGUCCGAGAGGAUUUUUCGGUUUAUAACGCCCCCCAGGCUCAUGGGUACCGUCUCUAACUCUCCUGAUCCCUCCUCUCUUCCGUUGGAUCGUGCUCUUCCAUUUCUAGAAACUCUAAGUUUUGGCAUCACUCCGCAUCUGCAUCCCGCAAGCCUUCGCGAUUUCAUUGAAUGCAGAUGUUUGAUUGACAAAUGUACAACAACUAGGUUACGAGCAGUUCAUAUCCACCUUUUGCUCCCCCUUAUUCCUGGUCUCGCCACCGACCUGGAUCUAAGCUUGAAGGCGUUGCUCGACCAACUUGCCGAUGAUAAAAGUAUAACUUUAAAGAUCACUUCGAAUCACUUGCAAUUUCCUUCUGUCGUUUCUUAGUUUUCACAUAGUAAAGCCUAUAAUCUACGAAUAUUAAUGACAUUCACGAUGUUUACGAUCUAAUGCAGCACUUUCCAAUAAACAUUAUAGUAUGAUAGCGUAGUAGUAGCCCGAUACCACCGUGACCGGCAAAAACUGCAAUCAAAAUUCUCUUAUAGUGAAUUCCUUCUCGUAACUUGCGUAGUUCAAUCUCCGUAGCUCAGAAUCCAUGACCAGCACCUUCAUUUGCUUGUUCCUAACUGCGCGUUCUCAUCGCUGAAGUAAAAUUAAAUUUAGAGGUGCCCCAAUCAACCCGAUCUCUG